CUCUCUCUCUCUCUCUCUCUCUCUCUCUCUCUCUCUCUCACCCCCAUACUCUCUAAAUGACAGGUUUAACGCCGGAAAACCAAGCGGUCCCUGCGCCAGCACCGGCAAGAAAACAUGUUCCGGAGUUAGGUCCGCAGGCUAAACCAAAGAGGAACAAGUAUGCAUUCGCGUGUGCAAUCUUAGCUUCCAUGACUUCUAUCCUCCUUGGUUAUGAUAUAGGAGUGAUGAGUGGAGCAAUGAUUUAUAUCAAGAGAGACUUGAAGAUUAAUGAUCUUCAAAUCGGUAUCCUCGCCGGAAGCCUCAACAUUUAUUCACUUCUUGGAUCUGGCGCCGCCGGUAGAACAUCUGACUGGAUUGGUCGGCGUUACACAAUCGUGUUGGCCGGAGCUAUAUUCUUCGCCGGAGCACUACUCAUGGGAUUCGCACCUAACUACGCUUUUCUCAUGUUCGGAAGGUUUGUCGCCGGAGUAGGAGUUGGUUAUGCCCUCAUGAUCGCACCUGUCUAUACCGCCGAAGUCUCUCCGGCAUCUUCUCGCGGCUUCCUCACCUCCUUCCCUGAGGUGUUCAUCAACGCUGGAAUAAUGCUCGGCUACGUAUCAAACCUCGCCUUCUCCAAGUUCCCUCUGAAGCUCGGCUGGAGAUUCAUGCUCGGCAUCGGAGCCGUACCCUCUGUCAUCCUCGCCCUCGGCGUCCUCGCCAUGCCCGAGUCUCCACGUUGGCUCGUCAUGCAAGGCCGCCUCGGCGAGGCCAAACGAGUCCUCGACAGAACCUCCGACUCACCCGCCGAGGCCUCCCUUCGCCUCGAAGACAUCAAAGAAGCCGCCGGAAUACCCGCCGACUGCCACGACGACGUCGUCCAGGUGUCGAGGAGGAACAGCCACGGGGAAGGAGUGUGGAAAGAGCUCCUCCUCCGCCCCACUCCGGCCGUCCGCCGCGUCAUGAUCGCCGCCAUAGGGAUCCACUUCUUCCAGCAGGCCUCCGGCAUCGACGCGGUGGUUCUCUUCUCGCCGAGGAUCUUCAAAACCGCGGGGCUCGAGACGGAUCACGAGCAGCUCCUCGCGACGGUCGCGGUGGGGAUCGUCAAGACGUCGUUCAUACUCGUCGCCACUUUCUUGCUCGACCGUGUCGGAAGAAGACCGCUGCUUCUGACCAGUGUCGGAGGGAUGGUGCUGUCUCUCGCGGUGUUGGGGACCUCUCUGACGGUUAUAGACCAGUCGGAUAAGAAAGUGAUGUGGGCCGUGGUGCUGAGCAUAGCGACGGUGAUGACUUACGUGGCGACGUUUUCGAUAGGAGCUGGGCCGAUCACGUGGGUUUACAGCUCGGAGAUAUUCCCGUUGAGGCUGAGGUCGCAGGGCUCGAGUAUGGGAGUGGUGGUGAACAGAGUGACGAGCGGUGUGAUAUCGAUGACGUUUUUGCCCAUGUCGAAAGGGAUGACGACGGGAGGAGCGUUUUACUUGUUCGGUGGGAUUGCGACGGUGGCUUGGGUGUUCUUUUACACUUUCUUGCCGGAGACGCAAGGGAGGAUGCUUGAGGAUAUGGAUGAGCUUUUUAGUGGAUUUAGGUGGAGAGACUCCAAGAAUAAGAACAAGAACUCUGGUUCGAAUCAGGAGGUUGAGAUUGGAUUAAACAAACAGUGAGCCUUUUUUUAUUAAAGAGUUUUGAAGGGAAUAUGGCAUACAAAAGAUGUAUAAAUUUGAUCAGAUAUGUAAUAUGAAAGAAAUAAUAUGUUUUCUAAACCACCAA